UUCACGGCAGAAACUUUAUAACACCGAAUACGGACACAUUACUCAACAGGAGGUCUGUAAAGUUGCCGUGAUGCUGCGGUGGAGAGCGCCGAAACCCCCUGUGUUGAGUCUCCUGCUGAUUCCAGCGGUCGCAUGUGUGCUUCUGUACGGCUGGUACAGUCGCCCGCCUCUUCCAAACAGCUCUCCGUCUGGGGGCAAGGUGCACGUGCUGCUGCUCUCGUCCUGGAGGUCCGGCUCGUCCUUCCUGGGACAGGUGUUCAACCAGCAUCCAGAUGUGUUUUAUCUGAUGGAGCCAGGCUGGCACGUGUGGAUGUCCAUACAGCAAGCCGGUGCUCGUAGCCUGCGAAUGGCAGUGCGCGAUACGAUCCGCAGCGUCUUCCAGUGCGACAUGUCAGUGAUGGAUGCGUACAUCCCCCAACCACAAAACGUCUCCAAACUCUUCAUGUGGAGCCACAGCCGUGCGCUCUGCUCUCCGCCCGCGUGUUUCCUCACGGCUCGCGACCAGAUUAGCAAAGAACAAGAAUGCAAGCAGCAAUGCGAUGUGCAAGGUUUGAAGCUCGCGGAGGCGGCGUGCAGGACUUACAGCCACGUAGUGUUAAAAGAGGUUCGCUUCUUUGAGCUGGAGUCCCUUUACCCGUUACUGCGGGACCCCUCUCUGGAUCUGCGCAUCAUCCAUCUAGUUCGGGACCCGCGAGCGGUGCUUCGCUCCAGGGAGCAGUCGGCCAAAGCCCUGAUGAAAGAUAGCGAUAUAGUACUGGAACAGGCUAAUAUUCCUGAGAGCGAGAGAUCGUACCAAAUCUUACAGGAGAUCUGCCGCAGUCAUGUGCGCAUUUAUGAGACCGCCAUGUUUAAGGCACCCGAUUUCCUACGGGGGCGCUACAAAAUGAUACGCUAUGAGGAUCUGGUGCGUAACACGCUGGCGGAGAUCGAAGCCAUGUACCAGUUUGUGGGUCUGGAGAUGACGGAAACUCUGCAGGAGUGGAUUUACCGCAUCACUCACGGUAAGGGCAAGGGAUCGAAGAACGAGGCCUUCAAAAUCACUUCUCGAAAUGCAGAGGACGUCUCCUUGGCUUGGCGAACCACCUUACCAUUUGAAAAAGUCCAGCGCAUCCAGGAUGUGUGCAAAGGAGCCAUGUCUCUGCUGGGAUAUCAGACAGUGGAGAGUGAGAAAGAGCAAAAGCUGCUGGAUUUAAACAUUCUGUCGCCGCGUGAACGCUAUCAGUUCAGCUGGAUUCCUUCCAAAAGCACCACCGCUAAAGUAUAGAGUCAACCCAGUGAUCAAACGCCUGAAGACUGAAGGAUUGUGGGGAAUCUGUUCAACAGUUUUGUUCCUCUUUGCUUCAUUCUAAAGUAAGAAACGUAGGAGCAAUGAAACGUUAGUGGACGCCGCAGUGUUCUAGUGACCGGCAGAGAACAGGAAGUUUCUCUGUUAAACUAGAGACUUGAAGGUCUGUCCACAAACUACCACUGAAUGCUGUUUUUGAAGAAAAUAUGUUCCAAUAAUUAACUUCAAGAUGUAUUUAUUGACAAGGAAACUAUUAUGUUGUUAUUGUUGUUUUUGUUUGUUUGUUUUUUUUUGUAAAAAAAACAACUGCAUUACAGAUUUACUUAGAGAUGCGGGUCGAAGGGGUCUAUGAAGGGAUGGAGUGUUUAUCUUUUUUUCACGUAUAAACGUCACAUAGAAAUGCCAUCAGCCAUCUACAGGUUCACACAGACUGUUACCGCAUUAAGCUGAAUAUCAAUGUCCUCGUGAAUAAAGCAGUUCAUAUUUGAUUGUAUGUUUAGAUGUUAUGCUAUUUUAAGAAUUGAUGAUGGUAGACUAGUUCUUGUGUGUUCUCACUGGAUUUACAGUGUCCUCAGACUUGAACCUAAAAACUAAAAAAAAUUCAACUUUUAAAUAUGUGAUUGGAUGCACCGUAUUUCAAGUCGAAUCCUUGCUGCAAGCUGCUGCAAAACCCUUAACUUAAUAUCCGUAAACUAAACAAAUAGAAAAAGACACGCAUCCAACAAUAAAUAUAUAUGGGUGAAAGAGCCAAAAAUAGAUAUGUACCAUAAAUGUUGUCAUUUAAAAAUUCUUGAUUUAUUUAUCUAACAAAAUCAGAAAAGUGACGUAAAACAUUUUUCGUCACAUGCUUGAAAAGGAUAGCCUUGAAAUACUGGAAAAUGUUCCUGUGGGGAGUGAACAUUUAUAAUUGUUCAGAGUAAGAUUUUAUUCCAAUAUAUCCCCCAAUGAAUAUUUUUACAAAACUACUGUGCCAUAUGUGCUACUCAGCCAUCACUAGCCAUUGUGAAAGAAGUGUUGAAGUGUUAACCCGACACAAUGGGGUUUUUGUGUGAUUAUGACAUGUUUGUUUGUGAUAAAAACGUAUGUGAUAAAGUUUUGCUAAAAGGACUUUGAACCCAGACGUCAGACACCUUUGUAUUUUACAGAAUACAGUACUGCUUUGUUUGUCAUUUUCAUAAAGGGCUUUUAUUUUUUGUGAUAUAGAAUUUCUCUAUACACUUGUGUUCAAAUGUGAUCAAAUGUAAACUAAUUGAUUGAGGUGUUGCAGUUUCAUGAGAUUGUUUGAUUUCAAUGGGAGCUGGUAUUUUAUUGAGGUUUGAAUCACAUUGAUUUAUAUUCAACAUGUCAGACAGUGACCAUUAGUUGAAGUGUAAAUAAAGAUCACAAGAUCAAGAGUC